AUGCUAAAACGAAGUAUACUGUUAGAAACCGACCGCAAAACCGUUGAAGAGUUAGACAAAACCAUGGUUAGUCUUAGUAAUAAACUGUCAGAAAUCGAGAAUAAAAUCGCUCCGGACGAAUACCAACGUUUUCAAGAAGAAUUAAAUAAAUCGUUAAUCGAGAGUGAGUCAGCCGAUGAGGAAAUAAACGGCGUAUCAACCGGGCAGCUUAUCACCUCUUCACCUAGUAAUCAGCUGAGAUUAGGGAACCACGACACGGCACACGUCCCACCUCAAGGUCACUGUACGCCCCCGCACCCCGCGGACCCUGUUCGUCCCGCUCCUGCACCGCUGCCACCGGUCGACUUGUUCCAGAAACUAGCAAACCCAUUGGAAAAAAUUUUGUCAAAAUUUCCAGAGAAUUGUACUGAUCCAGAGCGCACUGUGGCAAUCAAGAAUUUCCCGGUCCCUCGCACAGUAAAGCAAGUGAGACAAUUCACGGGCAUGUGUGGUUAUUGGCGGAAAUAUAUUGAGAAUUAUGCCGAUAUUAGUCGACCUCUCCAUGCGCUCAAACGAAAGAAUACAAAAUUCUUAUGGACAGCAGAAUGUCAAGGUGCCUAUGAGACUCUUAAAGAGAAAAUAGCAAAUCCCCCAAUAUUAACUAUGGCUGACUUUAACAAACCGUUCGUAGUACAUACGGACGCGAGCGCCACAGGUGCCGGAGCGGCUCUCCUACAGUAUAAUGAGUCUGGUGAUCUGAUGCCGAUUGCUUUUUAUAGUAAAUCGUUCACCGAGAACGAACUGCGUUAUUCCAUCUACGAGAAGGAAGCGUAUACAGCGGUAUUGGCUAUGGAGAAAUGGAACGCCUACUUAUCACCUCAACCCUUCACCUUAGUGACGGACAACCAGGCGUUAAGUUACGUGUUAAACACUAAGAACAAAUUAGGACGCCUUUCCAGAUGGGUAGAACGACUACUAGCACUUCCAUUCAACGUAGUUCAUAAACCUGGGACAGAGAAUGUUAUAGCGGACGCCCUAUCAAGACUCUACGAGCUACCAGAGGAAACUUCGGAGAGUAACACAAUCAACGUAUCUGGAAAUAACACAGUUACUUAUGGCAGUGAAAGCGCGCCUAACCCGGUAGAACAGCUGAAUAUGUUAAUUAACGAGCUCAGAGAACACCCUGUACAACACCAUGGAGGAGUGAACUUUAUCAGCGAGAUACCUAUGGCUAUGAAGGACCUGAAAUACCAUCAACGUCAAGAUAAGGAAUGCAAGAGGAUCAUGAAGAGUAUAAACGACGUACCACGCACUUUAGUAUCUGAUAAUGCCACUUACUUCACUUCGCAACAGUUUAAAGCCUACCUGUUCAAAAAUUAUGUAACACAUCACCUGAUUGCCCUGUACAGACCCUCAGCUAAUCGUGUGGAACGACAGUUAAGAGAUCUAGGCACAUUGCUUAAGUGUUAUUAUGCCAAUGAGCAAUCUAACUGGGACGCUGAAUUGCAGUUCAUACAGAUGACUUUAAAUACAGCGAAAAAUUCGUCCACUGGUUUCAGUCCAUUUUCGCUCAUGUUUUUCCACGAGCCCCGUAACGCCCUCUCAAACAUAUGGAACCUGGAUGAUCUAUUGAGUGAGAGCUUAAGUCGUAAUGAUAAAGUCAAAAAUUUAACUCAGGCCUUACGAAAUGUUAAGUCUAGCAUCGCACGUAGCAACAAACGUGAGAAAUAUUCGGAGAAACGCAUCCGACAUCUAUUCAAAGUCGAGAUGUAUUCUGUUUACACAAUCAGCCCAAUCUGCCACGCAGGCUGCACGUGCCGAGACAGCCAAGUCUUGCUUGACUUGGGUCUCUAG